AUGGACCUGAGAAGUGGUAAGAAAACUGGUGAAGGAAGCAGUAACGAAGACUGGGAAGAAGCAGAAGAGAGAACGACGGAAACAAGAAGCGAAGAAAGGGGGGAAACACCUUCAGAAGCACAAGGAAGAAAUAGUGAAUUAGCUUGUUUAAUGGAGAUGCUAAAGAACAUGGAACAACAGAGAAAAAAAGAACAAGAAGAAAGAGAUAAGAAAUUAAGAGAAGAGAGACAGAAAGAACAGGAAGAAAUCCUCAAAAUGGUAGAAGAACAAAGAAAAAUGGAAGCAGAAAAAGAACAAAAACUCAGAGAAGAAAGAGAUAGGAAAUUAAGAGAAGAAAGACACAGGGAAAACCUGGAGAUGAAGCAAGAUAUUAAAGAAAAUAUGGAGAAGGUUGUAGAAAAGGUGGAGACAAAAUUCGAAGAAAUACGUCAAGAAUUUAAAGAAGAACAAAAGAAAUUCCAACAGGAGAUAGAAAAAAGAAUAGGUACAAUGUGUGAAAGACAAGAAAUAUGGGCAAGAGAAGCGAGACAGAACAAAGAAGAAUGCAUGAAAAAAAUUCAAGAAAAUGUGGACAUAUGCACACAUCUUGAAACACAAAUGCAAGAGAGGGACAAUGCAGUAAUCCAAGAAAUCGAAAGAAUCGAUGGGAGAAUACAAACCAACCAGGAGAAAAUAUUACAAAUAGAAGAAAACAUGAAAAGAAGACAAAAUGGAGAAGUUACAGAAAACCAAAAGAAGGAAUGGGAGAAGCUAAAAGAAAAUUUAGAACAGGAGAUAAGGGAAAUGAGGAGAAGACAAGAAGAGGCAAAUCAGGUGGAAGUUAGGUACAUCACCUGCACAAACACAAAUACACAAACCAAAUUCAAUGGAAAAAUAAACACACUACACCCAGUUGUAUUUUUAAAAACAAUACAAACGAAAUACAGACACGUCACUGACACAGAACAAUUAAAACAACACUUGCGUGAACACUUAGAAGGAGGUAAAGAAAGUGAAAUAGAGUCAAUGAGAAUUUUUGAAGAAAUGUUUCUCAACCAUUUCUGGGGACAUUAUGAGCAGAAUCUCGUGAGAGACUGUACUUUAGAAAGUAUAAUGAUAAACUUUCGAACAACAUGA